AUGUCUGGCGAUGCUCUUCAGUUUCUUUAUAGAUUGAAAGCCAUUUCCUUGUUACAUAAAUGGGAGGAUUUAAUUGAUCGGUUGGAGUUUCAAUUUGGCGAAUUCAUCGGACAAAAGGUGAUUCUCAAUGUGUGGGAGGCCUGUGACUCUGUCUCAGAACAAGGUAAUGUCCCAUCUCAGAUUGUUAAUCUUGUAGACAUUAUGGGUUAUGAUGAUGUUUCCUCAGGAUUGGAUUGUGAUUAUGCUAGUUUAGAUGAUAUUUCUGAAGAAGUUGAUAACGACUUGAGUUUGGUUCAUGAUAUCACUGAUAGUAAGGGAUACGAUUGUGAUUGUCAUGUGAAUGUGGUUGCCCUGUUAUCGAAUGAUCAGAAUGGUGAUUCUUUUAGUGUAUGUGAUAUUAUUGAAGAACCUGUUGAUGAGUUGUGUUUGGUGGGUUGUGUAAUGACCAAACCUAUAUAUGAUCCUGAACCACUGGUUGUAGCUGAUGCUGUGAUUACUCAUGCCACUAUCGAUCAUAAUUUUACACUUGUGAGUGAUAAAAAUGAUGAGAAUGCACAACUAUGGGGUAAAAUGAUUAGUCCAUGGGAUAUUGCCGGUUUCAAUGAAGAAUCAAUAUUUUUUAUGGGGGCCAGACCUUUGGUAGUUGAGUUGGAUGACAAUAUGGGAUCGAACUGUUGGAAACGAAUUUAUCCAAUUGGGUGGUUUGUUGUUCUGAGUUUUGAGUUGGUGUGUAAAGUCAUUGGUCCUGUGUUUGUAUAUAAUGGCUGA